GCAUGCGCGGUGACCGUUUUGGAUCUAUCGUCACCGGUGCAUUCACAGAGCAGGAAAGUGGAACAGCAGUGAGGACAAUUUGUUUCUGUAACGUUAAUGUAAUUAAAAUUUUACAGGAUAUAAACUUAAAUUGGUUCUGUCAAUACACCUAAGCUCGAGCCUUGACUCAUGGCACAGUUUGGGGGACAGAAGAACCCUCCGUGGGCGGCCCAGUUUGCUGCCACAGUGGUGUCCCAGCCCGGCCACUCAGGACAGUCCCUGGACCUCAACAGCAUACACUCUCUAGGUGUGCAACAGCCAUCUCUCUUGGGUGCGUCUCCCUCUAUGUACUCCCAGCAGUCAGCCCUGGCUGCAGCCUCCCUCAACUCCCAGUCGGCUGCCGCUAACUACCAGUUGUCCCAGCAGGCUUCAGCCCUGCAGCAGCAAGCCGCAGCCGCCGCCGCUGCAGCACUGCAACAGUCUCAAAUGAACUCGGCCCUGCAGCAGUAUCAGCAACAACAACAGCAGCAGCAACAACAACAGCAGCAACAACAGCAGCAGCAACAACAGCAGCAGCAACAACCUCCUCCACAGCAGCCUCCUCCUCAACAGCUCUAUAAUGUACCCCAUCAGCAACAUCAACAACAUACAGACUCAUACGGGCAACAUCAACAACACACAGACUUAUACGGGCUCCCCCAGCCCCAGCAAGCGCUGAUUUCACAGAACUGGAGUGGUGAAAACAAAUUCCCGCCCCCUGUGGCUCUCCCCACCAGCCUUUCUCUGUCCAACCCCCAGCAGACAGCCCAGAUCACCGUGUCCUAUCCCACGCCUCGCUCUAGCCACCAGCAGCAGAGCCAGCAGCAGAGCCAGCAGCAAAGCCAGCCCCAGAAGCAGCGCGUCUUCACCGGCGUGGUCAACAAGCUGCAUGACACCUUUGGCUUUGUGGACGAGGACGUCUUCUUCCAGCUCAGUGCGGUGAAGGGGAAGACCCCCCAGGUGGGCGACAGGGUCCUAGUGGAGGCCGUGUAUAACCCCAACAUGCCCUUCAAAUGGAAUGCCCAGCGCAUUCAGACCUUACCUCAGCUGGCCAACCAACCGCUUCAGCAGCAGCCCCAGUCCUUACCUCCAGUUCCCCCACAGCUAAGCAGCUUCUAUGCUGACCCGGGGAUACAUCAGCGCUACUCAGACAUGCACCCCGUUGGCAUGGACAGCAGACAAAAUAGUCAGCCUGGAGGCCCCAACAUGAUGAAACCGGGUCCCAACAUGCCCCAGUCUCUGCCUCCCCCCAACACUUUCAGUGUACAGUCCCAGGGCCCCCCUCCCCUGCUCCAGGCCCAGUUCUCUGCUGCCUCCCUGGCCCCGCUCCUCCUGAACCCCCCUCCGCCCCUGCUGUCACAGCCACCACCCAAAGAUGUGUUCUCAGGAGGUCUGCUCCAGCCCCCAAGGAGGAUGAUGCCUCAGCCAGUCAGGCGCCUGGACCCCUCCCCCCGCUUCCCCAACCGCAACGACCGCCCUGAACUCAUCCUCAGGACCAAGGAUGAACGCAGUCGUGAAAGAGACCGUGAGCGCAGGAGGUCCAGAGAGCGCUCUCCCACACGUAAACGCUCCAGGGACCGUUCUCCGAGACGUGACCGCUCCCCCCGCCGCCCUCGCAGGGUGGUGCCUCGCUAUACUGUCCAGUUCUCCAAGUUCAGCCUGGACGGUUCUAACUGUGACAUGAUGGAGCUGAGGAGACGCUACCAGAGCCUGUACAUCCCCAGUGACUUCUUUAAUGCUGUGUUCACCUGGGUGGAUGGCUUCCCCCUGCAACGACCCUUCCAGUUCGGCAACUACUGUAACUUCCACAUCAUGCACAAGGAGGUGGACUCUCUGGUCAAGAACACUGCUGUGCUGGACCCACCUGAUGCCAACCACACAUACAGCGCUAAGGUGAUGUUGCUGGCCAACCCCAGUCUAGAGGAGCUCUACCAUAAGUCCUGUGCUCUGGCUGAGGACCCCCAAGAACUUAGAGACGCUUUCCAGCACCCCGCCCGCCUCAUCAAGUUCCUGGUGGGGAUGCGGGGUAAGGACGAGGCUAUGGCCAUCGGGGGCCACUGGUCCCCCUCCCUGGAUGGAGUGGACCCUGAGAAGGACCCGGCUGUGCUCAUAAAGACAGCCAUACGCUGUUGUAAGGCCCUCACAGGCAUAGACCUGAGUCUCUGCACUCAGUGGUAUCGUUUUGCAGAGAUUCGCUAUCAUCGCCCUGAGGAGACUCACAAGGGGCGGACAGUGCCCGCACAUGUGGAGACAGUGGUUUUGUUUCUCCCGGAUGUUUGGCAUUGUCUUCCUACCCGCUCAGAGUGGGAGGGGCUGUCGCGGGGACUCCGGGAGCAGCUGGCUGAGAAGCUGUCCGCCGAGAGGAAGGAGGCUGAUGGAGAACAGGAGGAAGAGGAGAAGGAUGAAGAAGAUUCGAAGGAGGUGACCACUCCGACACACUGGGCUAAGCUUGAUCCGAAAUCAAUGAAGGUGAAUGACCUUCGUAAGGAGUUAGAGUCCCGCUCCCUGAGCUCUAAGGGGUUAAAGUCCCAGCUGAUUGCCCGUCUCACCAAGCAGUUGAAGGUGGAAGAGCAGGUGGAGGAGGCCAAGGAGCCCGAGUUACCAGAGAGCCAGGCCCCGGAGGAGGAGGCGCCUCAACUUAUAGAGGAGGACAGAGAGGAGGAGGAAAGGAAGAAGCAGGAGGAGUUGGAGCGCCAGCGCAGAGAGAAGCGGUACGUCCUGCCAGACGAGCCCACCAUCAUCGUUCACCCCAACUGGGCGGCCAAGAGCGGAAAGUUUGACUGCAGCGUCAUGUCUCUGAGCGUUCUGCUUGACUACAGACUGGAGGACAACAAGGAACACUCCUUCGAGGUGUCUCUGUUCGCGGAGCUGUUUAAUGAGAUGCUACAGAGAGACUUUGGCUACAGGAUUUUCAAGGCCCUGGCCUCUGUGCCCUGCAAGGAUGACAAGAAAGACAAGAAGGUGAAGGCCAAGAAAGAGGCGGGGCAGAAAGAGGCGGGGCAGAAAGAGGCGGGGCAGAAAGAGGCGGGGCAGAAAGAGGCGGGGCAGAAAGAGGCGGGGCAGAAAGAGGCGGGGCAGAAAGGGGACGUGAAGAAAGGCGAGGAGGAGAACGGAGAGCCGGCGAUGAAGAAGGCAAAGGAAGAGGAACAGGAGAGGAAGAAGGAGGGCGAGGAGGGGGGCGAGAAGGAAGGCGAGAAGGAGGGCGAGGAGGGGGGCGAGAAGGAGGGUGAGAAGGAAGAGAAGGAGGUGCUGAAAAAGGAGGAGUCUAUAGAGGAGAAGGAGGAGGAUGAGAGCAACAACACCAAUGCUGAGGAGUACGACCCUCUUGAGGCCGAAGACGACGACGAUGAAGAUGAUAAAGACGAUGAGGACUCUAAUGACAGGGACAGGAGAGACGACAGGAAGUCCAAGGAGGGGUCCUCUAAAGACAAGGAGAAGAAGCAGAUGGUGACCUACAACAAGGACCUGCUCAUGGCCUUUGUCUACUUUGACCAGAGCCACUGUGGAUACCUACUGGAGAAAGACCUGGAGGACAUCAUGUACACUCUGGGGUUACAUAUGUCCAGAGCCCAGGUAAAGAAGUUGUUGAACAAGCCAGUGGUAAGAGAGUCGUGUUACUACCGUAAACUAACAGACGCAGCUAAAGACGAGGCGGCUCCUUCCUUCAGUGAAGGCCUGCUGGACAACCUGCUAGGUAACCGUGCGUUGCUGCCCAUGUUUGUCUCUCGUGGCCAGGCAGCGCUAGCAGAGGCUAGUGAGUCAGGAGGAGGCAGCAGUCUGAUAGUGUAUAAUGGAGCCAUGGUAGAUGUGGGCAGCAUGAUGCACAAACUGGACAAGAGUGAGAAGGCCAGGGAGGAGAUUGAGCAGAAACUAAUGGUGCAGGACUCCAAAAUAGUUGAGGACACCAAGCAGAUCCUCCAGCUGGUAUCUGCUAAUAGAGUCCUGUCUAAAGAUCUGGAGGAGGUGAAGGGAACCCUGGGCCAGACAGAGAACAACCUCAGGACCACGGAGGAACAGAACACGGUCUACCACAACCAGCUUAGCAAGACACUUAACAACCUGGGCAAUGCCAUGAAUGAACUUCAGGGAGUCCUCAAAAAGGAGGUUCCCACAGAAGCCACCCCUGACCAAAUAUCCCAAACAACCAAUGGUUCAGAUGAAUUAAUGAAGGAGUUGGACAGUGAGUGAGUUGUCUAAUCGGACACGUUUCUUACCAACCUUGUAAAUAUGCGCUAAAAACAAGCAUCAUUUGAUUGAGUUUCAUUUGGACCCAUGGUUGUUGUUUUCACCCACCAGGACCAUGUAUAGAUUUUCAUUGUUUGAAUCCUAAAUGGCAUUCUAUUCUUUUUGUAUUUCAUUGCUUUUGAUUGGAACCUAUAGGGCUCUAGUCAAAGUAGUGUACUAUAUAGGGAAUAUAGUUCCAUUUGGGACAGGCAUUCACUUAAUUGGUUCUAAUGUUUUCAUGUAACCUCACUGUUUUCACCUGAAAAUAAGAAAUAUGUUUAAUUGUUUUGAUAUCAAUUACAGUUUGAUUCUCUGUUAUUAUAAUGCAUUCUAAAAGUGAUAUUUAAAAAAUGAUUUUUGUUAGAAAUUGUGUGCAUGGCAUUGUGAAGUGCUUCUUUGUUUACGGUAUUAGUUUUAGAUUUCAGUCGCUUCCUCAAUUGAUGAUGAUCAUUUGAAUGUUUUGUUUUAUUCUGUAUUGCCCGUUCAUUGCCUUGCCCAAAUAGUACCACAAUGUUGAUCCCAGUAUGUGUGAUUUGGACAGGGUUCUCUCCGGGAUUUUUGAACAAGGUUGUACUGCUGAGUAUGGUGGCGGGGGGCAGAUUUUUGCUUUUUUUAACACCUCGAACUGCCAUUUUCUGUAAUCAAGAGAGAGAGAAAAUUGUCUUAAAUUACAACAAAUAAAGAGAAUUUACAUAAUGGUGCAACCAGUCUACAAGGUGGCACAGCACCCCUCUUACAUUCUUAGGGGAGAACCCUGGUUGUACGUACUUCUAAUUAGCAAUAAUGGUGUUAUUUAUGUUCAAGUGGAUUCAUAAAAAAUAUAUUUAAAAUAAACUGAUAUUUGAAGGGGAGGUUUCAGGGAUUAGGACCUUGAAGAAACGGUUUUUGAUGAGUCAACAGAAUUGCUUUAUCACAUGUUCCUCUUCUCUCUUAACUCUGUUCUACUGACGGCUGAUCAUAAAACUCAUGAGUUAUUCUGUAUUUUCUACUGUUAUUCUUUGUAACUGACUGGCUGCCAUUGUUCUGAGACAUGAGUCGUAUUCAUUAGGGAACAACGUAGCAAAGCGUUUUGAAACGGAACACGAGAAUAAGAUUCUUAUUGUACAUGUUCAGAUAGUAUCUCCCCGUUUCGGCCCGGUUGCUUCCGUUUGGUGCCCAAUAAAUACGACCAUAGUUUUGCAUGCAGCUCCUUAUGUGAAACCUCAGUCUCUGAGGCCUAUUCCAGUGACAAGCUUUUUUUUUAUCACAGGAGUUGUGAGACCAUGGUAGUAAGUGUUAUGUCCACGUUGGGAUUGUUUAGUGUUUUUGUUUUUGUUAAGGGAAGUAAAUGCAUAGCCAAACCAUAAACUGACUGUCUCCACUAACAUCAAAAGAAAUGCAGCCUCAGGUCUGGUCCUGCCUUUUGACCACAGAUAUAAUUGUUCUGAUUCUAGAUUGAAACCAUAUGAGAAUACUACUGGAGUUCUGUUGUAAAAUUCUGGAUGUUCUAGAAGUGCUGUGUUUUCUGUUAUUGGGUUGUUGUAGAACUGUGAGGAUCUAUGAUUCUGUCCCCCUCUUCUCAGAUGAAGGUUGUGCAACAGGGAUGAUGAUGGUGGUGAUGAAUUCCUGGAUGAGAGAAAAACUUGAGAAAUGAGUCCAAAGCAGCCUAGUGCAUUUAAUUUUUCUAUUGAAAAUUGACUAUGGUUGUCCUUUGCAGAAUUAAAGUGGUCAAUUUUA